AUAUCUAAUCAUAACCUUAAUCACAUGGUAAACAAAUGACACCUUAUGUACUUCAAUCUUUCUAAAUAGCCAAAAAAAAACUAGUAUCUGUUCUAAGAAUAGACAAUUAAAGAAAUUGUUUAGACAUCUCAUUGUUUAGAGGUAUUUGAUAUAGUCUGUUUCUGAGUGUGACACUGACAGCUACGGCUACACAUACUACUACAAAGUAUUUGGUUCUGGAACUCGGCUUACUGUCACUGAAAGAGGGAAGGAGGCCAAACAGCCUCAAGUGUCCGCGUAUCCAGUGUCCACGCCACAAAAUGAAAAGUCUGUUCUGCUGUGCCAGGCGAGAGGCAUGUUCCCAGACCUGGUGAGAUUCACGUGGAAAGCAAAAGAUCAGAGGGGAAGCAUAUUGGAGCUGAAAGAUGCUGAGCAGCUGGAGCAGAGAGAUGAGAAUCCGGUCCAAAUAACCAGCAUGCUCAUCAUAGACCAACACAAAGCCAUGAACAAUAAAUUCACCUGCUCUGUUCAACAUGACAGCAGCUUUAAGGACAACGAAGUAGACAUUCCAAAAGAAGUCACUCAAAAGUCAAACGCAAAUAUUACCUGUCCAUCUCCAAAAGCAGAAGAAGAGGACGAAGAGGAACCCAUGAAUACUGGUUUGUUUGAGCUCAGCCGCAGUCUGCAUCUGUUCAGUGUGACGUAUGUGAUACUGCUGGUGAAAAACGUGUUGUAUUUCUGCACUGUCUCUGUCUUACUAUACAAGAGGAAUUCUGCUAACAUGGAGAUGUUCAAGAGCAAAGCUCGCUGAUCAGUCCAUCAGCCAAAUAGCAAGACUCAACACACCAACUUCCUUCAGAAUUAUAUACACACACAUAUAUAUAUAUAUAUAUAUAUAUAUAUAUAUAUAUAUAUAUAUAUAUAUGUGUGUGUGUGUGUGUGUGUGUUUGUGUGUUGAAUGAAAUCAUUUUUUCAAUGAUUUAAAUUGUAUUUUAUAUAUACAUCUGUUUGUAUGCACAGUUACUUAACCUCUUGUAUCCUUCUACUCAUCUACGAUACCAUCUUAUAACAAUUGCUUU